AUGACUCCAACUUUUCGUUUUAACUCCAUUUGUUUGAUGGCUGGUAUCACUUUCAUGUCUCCCCAGUUUAUGAAUCAUCCAGUUGUUUCAAAACACUUCCUCGCUCUGACCAUGCUCCUGGUACCGAUCGUGGCAGCACAACAUACAAAAUGUCCAAACUCUGAUUGGUUGAAUUACGGUCAAUCAUGUUACUACAUUUCGAAAACUAACGCCGGCCAUUUCUUCGAGGCUCUCCAGUUGUGCAGGUCGAUGAAGAGUCAGCUGCUCAGCAUUGAGUCAAACGACGAAUUCAACUUCUUGCUUCCUUUCUUAGAUCCAUUGAAAAAUUACUGGAUUGGAUUGUACCGAUCACUUUGUAUUUUGUCUGAAGUUAACAAUAGUUACUGGCUCGAUGGGAGUGGUAUGAACUACUUGAAGAAUGUCUUCGACGGGGCCAAUGAGAACACCUGCUGCACGAGAUUGGCGCCGAGAUUCAAUUUGUGGGAUCGAAACUGUUUGGCUGCUAUCUAUCCGUACAUCUGCAAGCUGCCACUAACUAUAAAACCCAUCCAAGUGGCACUACAGAAGAGGUUCACAAAACGUACAUCCAACUCAUCCGUACAAAGCAUUGAUGUAGAAGACGUAGUCAACAAUAAAUGGUGCUCGCCGUCGUUCUGUGCGAUCAUCUGUUUGAAGAACUGGAUGUGCGCUGCAUUCAACCUGGUGCCAUUGCACAGGGCCGGCUGUAGUUGCCAACUCAAAGGAUCGGAAAGCUGGAUGACGUUUCAGGAGGUGCAACAAAAUGGUGCAAGCCAUUGGGGGGUGGUUAACAUAUAA